GGCCUAGGGAGUUAGCCGCAUUCCUGAUCUGAAGCUAUAAUGAGGGAAGAAAGGAGUUUUCAAGUGCAUUCGGCAUUCCUCCCUAGGCCUCUCCAACAGGCCCCACCCUCUCACACACACCACUUAUUAGCUUGCUGAAGAAAAAUAAAUUCCCUAAUCCAGCCUCAGCCGGACUUGACAAAAGAAGCAAGCCGGAUUCUCGUUUGGAGAACUGUCGCUGGGUAGGGGUUCCUCUAGGUAUGGGGCGAACCUUGCUUGGUUCACCGUCAACAGGCCAGAAGGAAGAGGAUGGAAAGGCACAUGGUCCAGGGACGAAUGCACAAGCACUUUGAUUCGGAGCGGAAGACCACCAAGCAGGCUGAAGCCAGACUGGGCCAAAGCCUGCAGAGACUGGAGGCCCUCUGCCUCUCCCACGUGAAGCUGCUGAGCAGGGAGCAGAGGCAGCUCCACAAGGAGCUGCAGAGGCUGCAGCAAGAUAUCAUCAAGAAAAAGCUCUCCUCGUACUUUGCAAAUGGAAGCCAGGAGAGACCCGAGGACGUCCCCCAGCUCUCGGCACUGGAAGGCCAGCAGCACAGGGCUCCGCGGCCCAAUGCAUUUAAAGCACUGGCAACCAAGAUGCCCCAAGAAAAAUGCAAAGCCACGCCCCAGAAGCCUGCUCUCUGCCACACUGGCCCCAAAGACCCCAUGAUGAACAGAGAGCGACCACUAUCUCAACAUGACAGAGGUGUUUGCUUCACUGAAGAGAAGCCACAAGCCCAAGAGAAAGAUCCUGUCACCCCCCCUAAGGGCAGAGACCCUAGCCUAGGUCAAGGUCAAGAGGUGUCCACCAGUCCCACAGGCCAAGGCCCUGGGUCUAGGCCUGCUGAUGACAGUGCAAGAGCACCUGUUGAGGAAGGCAGAUGGCCAGACGCUAACCCAGAAGCAGACCAGGUCCCUGGAAGAGGGAUUCCCUCAGGGCCCAUGGAGGGUGUCUCUUCAGGAAAUGUCACAGAGAUGGCCACAGAGUCAACCUACUUAGAGUUGUUUGCAAAGGUCAAAAAUGCCCACUACCUCCGGCACAGGGUGCCCCCGGAGUCUGAGAGGAUCCUUAGCACUGGGGAGAUAUUUGGACAUGUGCAAAGCACAAAAAGAGUGUGAGGAUAGGCUGGCCACCUAAUGCACUUCCUUUCUAACCAUCUCAUAGAGUCUGGUAAUGGCAUAUAUCAUAAAUCAUUACAGAAAGGUGUUCCUCUAAUAAUGGAAGUAAUAUUUUCAAAAACAAUCAGAAUUACAAGGCAGAAUUUUAAACCUUUAUAGGAAUAUUUUUCUAAAUGAAAAAUUAGGAGAGUGAUGAAUUUGAUGAAAAUAUUUUAAAUGAUGUACCAGUGUUUCUAUAUGAGUGUCUAUUGAUAACGGGCUUUUUUUUUCCCCCUGAAAGGGAAACUGAUGGGUCCUGCUAGCGUAGUUCUUUCUCAGAGUAGUCUUUAGCGCCACCUGCUGGCCAAAUUAAGCAGCUCUUCUGUAUGUUUGAGUUUCACCCACGAUAGUGUAAGUACAGACAUACCUUGGAGAUGGCUCGGUUCGGUGCCAGACCACCGUAAUAAAGGGACUCUCAGUAAAGCAA